AUGCCACCCAAGUAUUCGCAUGUAAAGAAGCGUCCCACCACAUCGCCGCGUAAACCAGCGAACGGUACCCAUGUCAUUUCGAAAGACAGCACACUUCCCGACGUGUAUGCGGGUCGUCAGAUAUCCAAGCCAGCGACCCCACUCGCCGAGCUCGAACGAACAAUAGCCCAAAUUCUCCUCCUGCGCUUUGAACAAGACAUUGCCCGCCUUUUCUCGACACAUCUCUACAGCGUUGCCCUGCUUCAUCUGCCUACCUUUGUAAUGCGCUGCAUAAAUAUUGGCGGUCCGGGCUGGGUUGCCUUCAAUGCCGGCAGCGACGAAGUCAAAGACUUCCUUCGUGCUGUCAUUGCUAUGGACCUGCGACAAGCGGGCGAGCGAGUCGCUACGAAGAGCGUGCUUUGGUCUUAUACUGCAUUACGCCAUUUCGCUACCUCUAACGAUGUGCCCAUCUGCCGGAAACGUGGAUUGCAUUCUGCCCGCCUCUUGCCACAUCAUCCCGCCAUGAAAUCCCACCUCGAAACACUUCAAACGAUGCCACCGCCUACCUUUUCUAAGCCGCCUCAUCUUGGACCGCUCGCGGAGGGUUACCGCGCGCUUGAAGAGGCCUGCGCGGCGAAAUAUAAGAAUGUUCCCGCCGGUAGCAGCGAGGCGGACUCCGAAUGGCUGACCAAAGUACGCGCCGGAUACGAGGGUAUCUCAAAUACUCUCUGGCAAGUUGCGAACGAGUUCGACGUUCGUGGCUAUGGAGGCGCGCUUCGUGAUAAGCUGACGUCGAAGUGGUGCGACUGUGGCUGCUCAACGGAACACCUCAGUGAGGUUUGCGAAAAGACGAUGAAGGAGAAGGAGAACAGCGUACGGUCAGGGAAGGAACGUGAAUGGGAUGGUCGGGGUAGCGGAGUCUUCGGUUGGGAAACCAAGGAGGAAGAGGACGCCUGGGAGGUUGCCUUGGACCAGAUUUGUCUCGAGGCGGAAGAAUACGCAGAACACUCUCUAGAUCCCGAUAUGACUAUUGGGGAGCUCAUGGAAUGGCGAUAUCUGAGAGCUGAGCUCGAAAAGCAGCAGGGCAAUGCUGCCUUCAAACAAGGAAAGUAUCUCAAGGCUAUUGAGCGAUACCAACUUGCGCAUCAAAUUGAGCCUGAAAUGCCACAUUAUCAGCUGAACUUGGCUGCAGCAUACUUGAAGAUUGAUGAAUGGGAAAAGGCGGAACAAGCUUGUGACAUUGCUUUGGCGAAACACGGGAGUGUUAAAGGCUACUGGCGGAGAUCCCAGGCUCGCAAAGGCCAGGGGCGAAUAGAUGACGCCGUUCAAGGUACGAGAGGCCUCUGCAACGUUGUACUGACUAUGGCUGAAAGAGCUGUAGAUCUCCGAGCUGUAUUACGCCUACAACCUUCUAAUGCAGAAGCAGUCGCCGAAUUGGCCACUUUAGCUCCGCCCAAGCAGAAGCAACGAAUCAGUCACAAACCCUCAUCGUCUUCCGCGGCAGGAUCUUCCCCCAGGCGGUCUAAACAAAGCAGGUCACCGCCUCCUCAGACUAGCCUUGAAGAAGCUCUACCUUUCACUCGAACUUAUCGAGAUGAUUUCACAUUCAAGAUAUCAAUGCUGCCAUUAGCGAUUGACGUCCCCGUCGAGCUGCCUCCUCCUUUCAUUGGCUCAAAGGAGAAGGUUAAACGUCGAGCACCUCCUUCGGCGUCGGUCCCAACACGGUUGGAGACCUUUUCAUACCCGAGCUGGGAUCGUUACGUUGUCCAAAAGAUGACAUAG